AUGGCAUCUGACGACAAGACAGGGAAUUGCUGUUGCCGAUGCAAACCAUGGGUCUUCUUCAUUUUGUCAGCGGUGUCUGUUAUCAUCGCUGUUAUAUGUUUUGUUAUAGCCAUAGUCGCCAUGGUGCCGUUCUAUAAUGCCUUUAUUGAUGGCAUUAACUAUGGUCGCUUUAUCGAUAACACAUACCAAACCACUGACUGCGAGAAUAUGGUUGCUGGUGAUGCUACCUGUGGCGGUAAGGCUUACGAUGCUUGGCUUAUGAGCUCUGAUGAGCUGUACAAUACUUGUAUGAGUGAUCAAGAGCCGUCAUCGAGUGCUGUUGCACUUGAUUCGGCGUGGUGUGAUGCCAGCUCUGACGACUGUUCCAAGGACAUGUGCCAGAAGGGUAUGCAGUAUGAUUACUAUGCGUACAACUUGACUAAUCCUGAGGAGGUUUUGAAGGGUGCCAAGCCUAUUGUGCAAGAGCUCACUCCUGUACACACGGCCAUGAGCAUCACUAAGACGAGUCCUCGGUUGAUACUGACCUUUGGGAUAAGGAAAUUUGUCAAGUUGACGGUGGGCGAGCUGUUGGGAUUCCAGGAUCAGUCUAAGGUUGACAAGGUCUCUGGUAUGCCUUUGACCAUGGCACUUUCGGCUACUACCAACCCAGUGACCGAACAGUAUCGUGCUAGCUUUGUGGAGGACUGGAAAGGAUUGUAUUACUUCAAGAUGUCUAACGGCAUGGAGUACAACUGUGCAUUCGACCCGGAUUGUAUGGCUCAGGAUGAGUUCAAGGCAAACGGCACAUGCACUCCUGAUGAUAAGUGCCACCCGAACUAUGCUGCGGGUUUCGAUGUUAAGUAUGUGCCCGGUACUCUGAAUGGUCAUGGUACGAACGACUACCACAAGGUUGGUGCUAUUGACAAGAUGUUCGUCAGUCCGGUGUUCUCAACGGCUCAGAUGAAGCUCAGCAAGAAGGAUCAAGACUAUAAUGGAGCUAAUAUUGAUAUCUGGGAUCUGGCUGACCUGGCCUUCAGGAACGAGAACUGUGAUGGGUCCGGCGAUGACAGUCGCGGUAUUGACUGUGAUUCACCUUAUCUGACUCUGAACUUGGGGACUUUCAGUUCACCAAAGCCGAAUCUAGUGAGGACGCCUAUCUACGCCUCACUGCCUCAUUUCUACCAAGUGGAUGGCUCGUCCUCGGUUAGGAAUUGGUAUCCUGGUGAUCGUGUUGACACUAAGAGUUGCUCGGGAUCUGAGGAGUGUGACGAUCCUGAGAGGGACUUCAAUUGUCAGAUGUGGACUGAGCCCAUCACUGGUGCUCUCUUGAAGGGUGCAUUGAAGCUGCAGAUGAAUGUCAUGAUGCCGCCUGCUGCGAAUACCGAGUCUGGGAAACUGACCGACGAGGUUCUUAUUCCGGCAGUGUGGGUUGAUGAGCAUCAGCUGGCCUACCCAUAUCAGAUUGACUCUAUCAAGCAACUGCAAGCUGCACCCGGUCUAUUCGAACUGGUCAUGUGGUUGGGCAUCGCUUUUGGUAUCGUUUUCGUGUUAUGUGCUGUUGCAUUCUUCUAUUUCGGUUGGAGACGCCGCAGUGCACUCAGAGCUGUUGUCCUGCAGAAGAAGGUUUCUGGAGUGACCGAGGCACUUUGA